CAAUCAGAUUCUCCGGGCGAGCGCGGACGUUUUCACCGGAUCCGCGUAGCUCUUGGUUCAGCCGUAGGAAUCCCAACCCCUCUUCAAAGUCUGUUUUCCAAGACCAAUCGGGAUGCGCCGCCCCUAUUUCCACCCCCGCACAGCCAACGAGCGACGAGUCCGGCACUUAGGAGAACCAAUGGCGUCGGUCCCCUUAACAACGAUGGUGCACACCUCCAAAAUGGCUGCGAAAACCGGAGGAUCUGGACCGAGGAAAGCCACAGCGUUGAAAAUAAACGGACGGAUUAAUUCAGGGGGGAGGCAAGGGACUGCAGACUCCCCUCGCCGAAGAAGGUGUAUCAACUGUCAGAUCAUUCGGGCCACAGAGCGACGUCAAGCGUCUUCACGGUAGCAUGCCUCCUAUCUCAUCGUCGAUAUCAGUGACGGUGUUUAAGCGAACAAUAUUUGUGCGUUAUUAACAACAAGUGGCUAUCGUUUUAUGUGAUAAUACGUACAUACAUACAUACAUACAUACAUACAUACAUACAUACAUACAUACAUAUAUGCACGAUACAGGUGUAUGUAGAACUAAUUGCAAAUCUACCAACAUCCAGCGAUUCAUGACCACGAUGCAAGAACACAAGUCAUUUCUCAUACGCGAUCUUCUCGGCGAUGUAUUGACAGAGCGUGUUCAAGAUGAUUCCGAGGAUGACUCCGCCCCGCACUCGGAUUCCGAAGAUACGAUCGACCCGGGUAGCAGUCCUUGUACUCGACUUGGAAGUCCAGCAGCUCUGUCACCGUCUCCAGGUUCAGCGUCCUCCGGGAAAGCUUGCGUGGUCGGGACACCCAGUGGCAGAAAACCACGGAGAAGACGAACCGCGUUCACCCACGCCCAGCUCGCUUACCUGGAGCGAAAAUUUCGGUGUCAAAAAUAUCUGAGCGUCGCGGACCGCAGCGACGUGGCCGACGCGCUUUCCCUCUCGGAGACGCAAGUCAAGACCUGGUACCAGAACAGAAGGACAAAAUGGAAGAGGCAGAACCAGUUGAGGCUGGAACAGCUUCGCCAUCAAGCGACGGUCGAAAAGGAGCUUCUGGUGCGCGGGGUCGGCCUCCACCAUGGAUCCAUGGAGUCGUAUUGUCCACCUUACUCGCAGCAGCAAUCCUCUCCCCAUCAUCAAGCACCGCAGCAGCCGCAGCCGGUAUCGACGGUGUCGACGGCCGCCUUCCUCUCGACGGCAGCGGCGCUGUUUAGAAACGUAACGUACGUUCACGGGUGUCCUCUCUAACCCUCGUACCCCCGAAACUCGCGGUCUACGUAUUUUUAAUAUUGCUUUCUCGCAUUAUUCAACUCUGUUAACUCGCGAAAUUAGCUUCGUAGGGUUAUAUUAUGAAAUGCUCUGUAAGAUGGUGAAAUCUCUUUCCGCGUAAGCGGAUUCCGGUACUAUUAUAUGUAUACAUUGUAUACGGUU